GGAAUUGUCUGGCAAACAGAAGAUAGCUCGUGCGACAAAUUAUUACUGCUUUUUUCUUAUUUCUCAAGGAAAGCGGAAUCUUCCAGAAGACUGAAGCUAGAGGAGGCUCUGGUGUGGUUUGGUAGACGCCGAGAAUCAUGCCAAGUGUCCCGUGGAACGAGCUGGGCAGAUAUAUAGUUGUGAUAAUAUGGGCAGUUAUAAACAUCAUUCUUUUUGCAACAACGUACCAUAAUUAUGGGGUAACAAAGAAAUAUACAUAUUUACGUGAGGUCAUCAAGAAUGGACUUCCAAUUGCAAGAGGGGCUGCGAUGGUCCUGAAUUUUAACUGCAUGCUAAUCCUUCUGUCCAUGUGCCGUAACCUGAAUUCUCUUAUAAGAAGGCACUGCAAGAGCACAUGUAUGGCCCCUGUCAUCCGUGUACUGGACAAAAGCAUCACCUUCCAUAAGUACAUUGCUUACACGAUUUGCUUUUUCACAAUUGUCCAUGUUGGAGCUCAUUGCUACAACUUUGAAAACCUCAUCGAUAGCUGGAGCAAGGAGAAUGAGAUUGAUGCAAAGCUCAGCCAACUGGAUGGAGCUGAUAACUGGGUCAACCCUAUUCGCAGUGAAAUGUCGAAUUCAGUAACAGAGCUAUUUAAAACAGUUGCAGGAGUCACGGGUGCCGUCAUCACAUUGUGCUUGGUUGUGAUGGUGUCGUCAUCAACAGAGCUAAUCAGGAGGUCGUACUUUGAAGUUUUCUGGUAUUCUCAUCACCUCUUUAUUAUCUUCUUUGCUGGUCUUGUUGCUCAUGGAUGCGGGGAAAUUCUGCGGUAUCAGACCAACAUGGAUAAACACGAUCCGGACGUGUGCAGAAAGCAGGAAAACCUGGCCACUUGGGGGGUAAAGGAUCCGUGCCGUGUCUUACCGGAAUUUGAGGCAGCUGGUGCCAUGACUUGGAAGAUUGUCCUGCUUCCCAUGGUUAUCUAUUUUCUUGAGAGAUGUUUGCGGUUCUGGCGGUCCAUGCAGCAAGUCAAGGUCGUGAAGGUCGUGAAGCAUCCGUCACGAGUUGUGGAGAUUCAGAUGAAGAAACCAGGAUUCGUCUGUGAGGCUGGGCAGUAUGUGUUUCUACAAGUACCCAAGAUCUCACAGCUUGAGUGGCAUCCGUUUACGCUCACAUCUGCCCCAGAAGAGGACUACUUCAGCCUCCACAUCCGGGUAGUUGGCAAUUGGACAACUGAUCUCGCCAAUCAGCUUGGAGCUGGAAACCAACAAAUUGCAAUCGAUCAGAUGCCAAGGAUCGCAGUAGAUGGGCCCUUUGGGACAGCAAGCACGGACGUAUUCAGAUAUGAGGUCGUUAUGUGCAUUGGUGCUGGAAUUGGUGUCACUCCAUUCGCUUCCAUUCUCAAAUCAAUCUGGUACCGCCAUAAUCAGGACCUGGAGAACUUGAGAGUGAAGAAGGUGUAUUUUUAUUGGAUCUGCAGGGACACGUUUGCCUUUGAGUGGUUCUCUGACCUCCUUAAGCACAUUGAGAUCCAGAUGGAUGAGAUGAACAUGCCAGGUUUCAUACAAAUAAAUAUCUUUCUCACGGGAUGGGACAAGAAACUGGCAAACCAAGUUGUUAUGGAGAGGUCUGCAGACAGGGAUCCCAUCACUGGCCUUUUUGCACGCACAAAGUAUGGACGGCCUGAGUGGGCAAAGAUCUUUAAUGAAGUUGCUGAGGCACACAAUCAGACCUCUGUGGGGGUGUUCUUCUGUGGUCCAUCAGGUCUUUCUCAUGACCUUCACAAGAUGUGUACUCAGUCAUGUGACGAGACCAAGGGAGUCAGGUUUUUUUACAAUAAAGAGAACUUCUGACCUGUAUCACAAGACCAGGGGAUAACUGAUUAUCUACAACAAUGAAAACUUCUAGCCUAUAUCACAAGACCAGGGGAUAACUGAUUAUCUACAACAAUGAAAACUUCUAGCCUAUAUCACAAGACCAGGGGAUAACUGAUUAUCUACAACAAUGAAAACUUCUAGCCUAUAUCACAAGACCAGGGGAUAACUGAUUAUCUACAACAAUGAAAACUUCUAGCCUAUAUCACAAGACCAGGGGAUAACUGAUUAUCUACAACAAUGAAAACUUCUAGCCUAUAUCACAAGACCAGGGGAUAACUGAUUAUCUACAACAAUGAAAACUUCUAGCCUAUAUCACAAGACCAGGGGAUAACUGAUUAUCUACAACAAUGAUAACUUCUAGCCUAUAUCACAAGACCAGGGGAUAACUGAUUAUCUACAACAAUGAAAACUUCUAGCCUAUAUCACAAGACCAGGGGAUAACUGAUUAUCUACAACAAUGAAAACUUCUAGCCUAUAUCACAAGACCAGGGGAUAACUGAUUAUCUACAGCAAUGAAAACUUCUAGCCUAUAUCACAAGACCAGGGGAUAACUGAUUAUCUACAACAAUGAAAACUUCUAGCCUAUAUCACAAGACCAGGGGAUAACUGAUUAUCUACAACAAUGAAAACUUCUAGCCUAUAUCACAAGACCAGGGGAUAACUGAUUAUCUACAACAAUGAUAACUUCUGACCUGUAUCACAAGACCAGGGGAUAACUGAUUAUCUACAACAAUGAAAACUUCUAGCCUAUAUCACAAGACCAGGGGAUAACUGAUUAUCUACAACAAUGAAAACUUCUAGCCUAUAUCACAAGACCAGGGGAUAACUGAUUAUCUACAACAAUGAAAACUUCUAGCCUAUAUCACAAGACCAGGGGAUAACUGAUUAUCUACACAAUGAAAACUUCUAGCCUAUAUCACAAGACCAGGGGAUAACUGAUUAUCUACACAAUGAAAACUUCUAGCCUAUAUCACAAGACCAGGGGAUAACUGAUUAUCUACAACAAUGAAAACUUCUAGCCUAUAUCACAAGACCAGGGGAUAACUGAUUAUCUACACAAUGAAAACUUCUAGCCUAUAUCACAAGACCAGGGGAUAACUGAUUAUCUACAACAAUGAAAACUUCUAGCCUAUUUCACAAGACCAGGGGAUAACUGAUUAUCUACAACAAUGAAAACUUCUAGCCUAUUUCACAAGACCAGGGGAUAACUGAUUAUCUACAACAAUGAAAACUUCUAGCCUAUAUCACAAGACCAGGGGAUAACUGAUUAUCUACAACAAUGAAAACUUCUAGCCUAUAUCACAAGACCAGGGGAUAACUGAUUAUCUACAACAAUGAAAACUUCUAGCCUAUAUCACAAGACCAGGGGAUAACUGAUUAUCUACAACAAUGAGAACUUCUGACCUGUAUCACAAGACCAGGGGAUAACUGAUUAUCUACAACAAUGAAAACUUCUAGCCUAUAUCACAAGACCAGGGGAUAACUGAUUAUCUACAACAAUGAAAACUUCUAGCCUAUAUCACAAGACCAGGGGAUAACUGGUUAUCUACAAUAAAGAGAACUUCUGACCUGUAUCACAAGACCAGGGGAUAACUGAUUAUCUACAACAAUGAAAACUUCUAGCCUAUAUCACAAGACAAGGGAAAACUUUUCUUCUAUGAAAAGGAUAAUUUAUAAUCUCUAUAAAAAGAAUAAGAAGCUGUUGCAAUCAGCUUUAAGUUUUGUUUUUUUUUUUAUAAAAAAAAUGUAAAGAAAAAAAGCCUGAUAUUCUGUGAAUUUAUGCAUUGUGCUUGAAAAUAAUAAAGAAAAAUAUUUGCA